CUUGAGUCACCUCUCAGAAGGUAGGUUUCCAUUCCUCGGAUCAUCCUAGUAGCUCUUCCCUGCACCUGUUCCAGUACGGAAGCACAGCUUAUGGAUAUGAUAUGCUGUGCUGAUAUGCGCUGCCCCAUCUUGAUCUGAGAUGGCAGCGGGCUGUGUUUCAGAACUCUCUAGGCUGUGCGGCCAUCCCCUGUCCUAAUCCUAAGGCAUGUAAACAGUAGGGCUUAUUUCUCCCCCGCCCUCAUCUACUUCAUUUUCCCAGCAAAGGAGCGAUAGUCUCAAAACAAACAAACAAAAAAUGUGCUUCAGAACCCAGAGUCAGUUCCUCACCAAAUAAGGAAGGUGGCAUUUUGGGGCUAACCUCGAGAGUGUCCCUUUAAGCAGCCGACUGCUGAGCUUGCCUUUCCAGUUCAGAGUGCUGCUCUGUUCUGAACAGGGGGAUAUGGUUGAUGUCUCCCUGUGUGAGCUGGAGUUUGACUGAGUUCCUGCUGGGGAGAGCCUGUGUUCUGCAGAUGUCUGGCGUGUGGUCCAACAGCCCAUAGAAAACUGCAGGAGGAAUCCAGAAGAUGGGGAUUCUUGCUCUUUGUUUUAACAACUCUGUUGUUGCUUUAAAUUAAAUUCUGCUGUUGCAUUAAUCCAGAAACAGAAUUUUCGAGACCCGUUUAUUCGCCUCCCAUGUUAAUCAACGAAUGAGCGUGCAGCCGACCUUUCUGCUCCUUGGGACCCCGGAUGAAAGGUCUGAGGAUUCCAAACAGCAUUCACAACUUCUGUUUUUCUUUUCCAGAACUCGCGCCCAAUCAGUGAUGUUUCCAGCAUAGAGAGGGACUUUGGCACACUGGCUCGUUUCUGCAGUGGGGAAUCAAGUCAGGCUGAGCAGGAUGGGUUUGGGUUUGGCCGUUUGGUCCUAUUUAUACACUAGCUCUAGCGCCCAUUUGUCUUCCUGACAGCUCUUCCGAAUUGAUGCUUGUGAACUUAAUUACAGCUCUGCUCUGCAGCAGGCAGGCAGGCAGGCACUGGCUCUUCACUGCAGUCUGCAGGUCCUGGCAGUCAGCACUCACACCCCACUCACAACCAGGUGCACUUAGCCAAUGGUGCAGGGCGCAGGACCCUCAGUGGACCCUGGCUGCAUGGUAAGGAAUGAAGCCCCAGGGCUGUCACUCUGCAUUCUGGCCUUUGUUUGUUUUCGAUCAAGGUAUUUUCCACCCUGGGUGGCUCCGGCCAGCUGGUAGAAAGAUGCUGCAGAUUUGAGAUGGAUCCUGGCUGCUCCCAAGUAAGGCAUCAAUGCCCAGGCUCGGAAGCUGCAGAAGAACCGUGCGAAGGGCACCAUGACCCUGCUGACGGGACGCAAGCGACACUCCACGCCACCCACCCUCCGACGCAGCGUGAGCGAGACCAGUCUCAGUCACGUGGGCUCGCCGGAGGAGGAGCAGCUCAAGAGACAUUACUCCACGCUGCCCGAGACCAUCCGCGGCCUGGAGAGCUCGAGGGAGGAGCAGCAGGCCCCCACGGCGGAGCGGAACGGCAGCAGCGUGCGGUACUCCCUCUACCAGUCCCCUCACCUCCUGCUCCUGCAGGGCUACAGCUACCAGCAUGAUAGCUUGGUUUACGUGCUGAACCGCGAGCAGCACACAGUGGGCCAGAGGACUCAGUCCAGCAAACCCAGCAUCAGCCUCUUCGCCCCGGACAUCCUGCCCCUUCACUGCACCCUCAGGAAACGCAAGCUGCCGAGCCGCUCCCGACACCGUUCGGAGGAGAAGCUGAUCCUCGAGCUGAUCCCGGGGGCCAGUGUGUCCGUCAACUUCUCCGAAGUGGUAAAGACGAUUGUGCUGCACCACGGAGACCUCCUGUCCCUGGGGCUCUACUACCUGCUUCUCUAUAAGGACCCCACCAGGGCCCAGCCACUGCCCGCGCAGACGCUGAUGAGGCUGAAAUCUCUGCAUCGAGCCUCGGACCCGGAGGCCCCCGUGCUCUGUAAGAUGUGUGGCAGCCAGCUCAAGGAGAGGGGCCCCUCCGCCAAGAAGCAUGGGCCCUCCCCCACCGCCAGCCAAAGAUCAGCCAGGAAGAGGCUGCAGCUGGAGUUCGAGAGAGCUGCCGAGGACGUGCUGGUGAGAAGGAUCGUGACCUUGAUCGAGCCUGGGGGUGACGAUCACAAGUUGACACCGGCCUUCCUGUUGUGCCUCUGCAUCCAGCACUCCGCCACUAGCUUCGAGCCGGGAGACUUCGGUCAGCUGCUGCUCAAGUCAGCCAAGAUGAUUCAGAGGACAGUGUGGGAGAAAACGAAAGAGCUGGCCGAGAAGCAGUCCCAGCAUCAGGAUCCUGGAUCCCUGUCCCGCUUCACCGUCACAGACCUGGUCCCGGACCUGCAGCACAUUCUCUUCUGGAUGUCCAACUCCAUCGAGCUCCUGUACUUUAUCCAACAGAAAUCCCCCAUCUACAUCCAGAGCCUGGAGGAGGAGCUGGAUGUCAAGGGUUCUAAGGAGUCUCUGUUCUCUUCUACCAUCACAGCCAGCGAGGAAGCCAUGACGGUGCUAGAGGAAGUGAUCAUGUAUACUUUUCAGCAGUGCGUCUACUAUAUCUCCAAGUCUCUGUAUGUAUCUCUACCUGCCCUCCUGGAGUGUAACCCCUUCCAGAGUGAGGGCCAGGAAGGUUGGCGGGCGUCAUCCCAGUUGCCUGAAGAAAUACGCAGAGUCGUGUUGAUCUACCAGGCUACGCUGGACCUGCUCCACCAGUAUGAAGUGCACCCUGAAAUAGCCUCACAGAUGUUUGCCUACCUCUUCUUCUUCUCCAACACUCUGCUCUUCAACCAGCUCAUGGACAAAGGCUCCUCCUUGGGUUGCUUCCACUGGCCGAAAGGAGUGAAGAUCCGCGCCAGCCUGCGGCUCCUCCUGGAGUGGAUGCGGGGCGUGGGCUUUGGGCACCUGGCCGAGCAGUUCUUCAGCAAGCUCUCCAGCGUGGCUCACCUGCUGGCCAUGCCAAGCUCCCAGCUGGCACAGAUGACCUGGCCAUUGCUGAGAGCCGAGUUCCCCACCCUGAGUCCUGCUCAGCUCCAUCACAUCCUGACUCAGUACCAGGCAACGUCCGAUGUGGGGUGUGUCGUGGCCUGGCAGCCCUGGCAGGGGGACAGCCCUGCAGCCUUCAGGACAGACGAAGUGCUGGAGUCCUUUGAUAACCACCCGCCCAUCGUCCUGCCAAGUGGAGGAUUUAAGGUGGACUUGGAGGUGGAGACGCUGGACGAUAAUGUAUACCGGCAUCUCCUGUACAUCCGUCACUUCCUGUGGAGUCUGCGGAGCAAGAGCCCCCACGCAAGGGACUUGCCAGAGGCGGAGCCCCUGAAGAAAGACGUGCCCACCAGCCACAAUACCCCCGAGGUGCCCGAGGACGCACUCACCUUGCCAGCCCUGGGGAAUUCCUUCGGCCAGUCGGAUUGCAGACGCCCAGGAAGCUGUGCUGAAGCAGAGGCUGCUGGGAGCCCUCCGCUCCCCACAGAUAUGAGCAGAUCCCCCCGAGACUAUUACACCAGUGAGACACAAGAAACACUCAAGCAUCUGCCGCUGCACAGCACCCUGGGGAAAAAAACCCUCGCCAAGGCCAGCAUCUUGCCAGUGGAUCCCUCCUGCUUACUGACCCCUCCCAAUACGCCUCUGAACUUUGACCCUGGAAGCCCGGAAUCCCCUCAGAGCACCAGCUGUGGGAAAGUCCUCCAGGACCCCAGGAAGGAUGGACUCAAUGGCACCAACGCCACCACCCCUGAAGGAUGUUCUCCGCUGCCCUAUGACUAUCCCACGCCAGCUUCCUCCAGUCGCAGCUCAGCCACGGAUGAUUUCUGCUACGUCUUUGUGGUGGAGUUGGAAAAAGGGCCCAUCGGGCUGGGGAUGGGACUGAUUGAUGGCUUGCACACCCCUUUGAAUGCUCCUGGCAUCUACAUCAGGACCCUCAUCCAGGACAGUCCUGCAGCCUCAGAUGGCAGACUCUCCCUAGGAGACCGCAUCCUGGCUGUUAACGGCACCAGUCUGAUUGGAGCAGAUUACCAGAGUGCAGUGGAGCUCAUCCGCUCCGGAGGGAAGAAGCUGCGGUUUCUGGUUGCCAAGUCUGACAUGGAAAUAGCCAAGAAAAUCAGCUCCAGCUCAUCAUCGUCCUCUUAACGCUCAUGUUGCAAGGGCCUGGCCAUAGCCCCCUGCAAACGAAGCUGCUGUCAAGGCCAACUACGCGAAACCUGGUGGGAUGGGCAGAGACUGUACCUGGAAUCUGGAGGAUCCAGUUGAAAUUGCACCAUUCCAGGACUAAAGAACUGGUCUCAAUUUGCUUUUCAGACUGCUGGGUAGCUCUGUUCUGCUCUGCACUGCUGAGUGAGUGGGGGAGGGAGCUUUACAAUCCAAACACCCCUCAGCUCACAGAUGUAUCCCAUGGGCUCAUUUUACAGCUGACGUCCUUCCCCCUGCCAGCCUCAGCAUGGGGUUUGCAUAGCCCCUCCGUACCUGCCCACCCCAUGCUCCUCUCUGCAGAGGGGAGAUCCCGUUCCAGGUAGUCAGCGUGCGCCUGGGCUCCACCAAGGUUAGGAACAAGCUAUUCCAUUCCUCUGCACUAUAAAUAAAUAAAAUAAAAUAA